GGCCUGGCCAUUGACAUAUAAAACCAGCCGGGAGCUGGCCUAACACAUUUAGAAGCCAAGGCAACGUCAGACAGUCAAGCCAUGUCGUGCUCGUCCUCGUCCACGCUCCCAAACGCAACCAUCGUCUGUAUCAUGGCGCUGCUCGGGCAGCUCGUGCUGGUCGCCUCCACGGAUCCAUUGCCACUGGCGCAGCAACUGCGCAUCUGGCAGUGCAGGCAGCGCUGCUAUCAUCAGACGGACGUGUCACCCUCGCUGUGCCACGCCCGGCCGGAUUGCUACAUGUGCCACGACUACUGCCGCGUCCUGGUCGUCGCCGAGUGGAGCCUAGCCAGAUCCAUGUGCGCGGAUCGCAUCUUCUGCAGUCGCGGCUGCCGCACCGCCUGCCAGUUCCAUCGACUGCACACGGCUACGGCGGCGCCCUUUGCCAAUGCGCUCCACAAGGCGUGAGCGCCCAAAGGACCGCCCGUCCGCCCGGGGAAGGGGGUGGCGGCAGUGGGAGUAGCACACUUGUAAAUAUCGAUCUAGUUGUUGGUGUUUAGAGAUUAAGCUCUAGUUCUAAGUUAAUAAAA